CACAUUUGCCGGGCACGCUAACCAAUAAUUCAGCCUUGGGAUCCUUUCACAUCAAUCAUCCCCUUCUUCUUCGCUUUGCCAAAACCUCGUCCCCAUGGAUCCUAAAAACAGAGAUUUCCUAAACCACCUCGAAACAUACCUGGCCAAAAGAGACGGCGUAGACAAGCUCCUGAAGAUCUCUCGUUACACAACCAAGAUCAUCCUCGCAUCAUCCCUUCUCCCAGAAUCGGGCUCCCUAACUCACCGCCUCAAGAGCUUUGAAUCAAGCGUCGGAGUCAGCCGCAAAGCCUUCCGUCUCGGAAAAUUCGUACAAGACAUCAACGCCCUCAGAGCCUCGCCACGUGACUCGAGCCGCGACCUCCUCCUUCUGGUAAUCGCGUACGGGGGCGAAGGGUUGUACUACUUCGUCGAGCAGUUCAUCUGGUUAGCGAAAUCGGGAUUGAUCGAUGCGAAACACGCGAAAUGGUUGCAGAAGAUCAGCGCAUGGGCGGAGCUCGUGGGGUAUGUCGGGAGCGUUUCGUUGAAGAUUAGGGAUUUGAGGAAGAUCAAGGACGAGAUUGAGAUGUCUAAUGGAGGAGAAGAGGAGAAGAUGAAGAAGCUUAAGGAGAAGAAGACAUUGAAAGUGUUGUCCAUCUUGCAAGAUCUUGCUGAUGGGUUGAUGACGAUCGCAGAUCUUAGGGAUGGUAAGGGAGUGUUAUCAGCUCCGAGUGUGAUUUCUUCAGCAGGUUUGUUCUCAGCCAUUAUCAGUACUCACAAGAACUGGGUUUCUUGUUGAUCAUUCGUUUCCGUAAUCCAUAUACUCAAUAAAUAGUUUCAUUUUUUGGUUCUUGUCUGCUUUAUUACAUCACUGAUGUUUUGUUUCAGUGUUCCUCUCAAAUUCAAUGUUUAUCAGAUAUAUAAACAGAGUUGAAGAAAUACAUGAUUUAAAUCAGUAAAGAUGAAAUAAUUCCAAGCUUUGGAAGCAAUAAAAACAUGCUUUUAACUCUUGUUCUUGAAUAAAGGUUUCAUUUUUUUUU